UUUCUGAACUUUUCCCAAACUCCUUCUGGAAUGCUCUGUGCUCUUCCAGGCCCAUAAUAAUAACUCCAUGGAAGUCCCUGCACCAGAGGAAUCUCCACCAGACACCACCCAGAGUCUCAGGCAGAAGGAGCUGAAGCGGGAAGGAGACGGGGCUGCCGCCUUGCAGGGUGAGAAGGAACUCUUCUGGGAGUUUUGGGGUUUUGUGCCAGUGGAAAUUCCGCUUUGGGGGGAUGAGUGCACACCCACAGUUUGAGCUUCAGAAGGUGAACAUUUUGGGUCAUUUGGCCUUGAGAUUGGUAUAUAUCUUAAACUCAUGUACUUAUGUACCUAUGUACUUUGAUAAGUAUUUUAUAGAAAUGUAGUUUUAAUGUGGAUCUUUUAUAGAAAUAUUUAUUUAUUAUUUAAUUUAUAUACUGAUCUUCUCCCCAAGGGGGACCCAGAGCAGUCUUACACAAUGGCAGAAUUAAAUGCCACAUAUAAUACAACAUGCAAAAAAAACCCAAAUAUAAAACAAAAAUAAAAUCUGGUAUCCAAAUCAAAUUAAAACAAUUAAAACCAUGUGACCAUUACAACGGGGGAAGUUUUGAGCCAAAGUCAGAGCCCUAAUAUGCAUCUUUGUUGAAUUUUGGCAAUGUUCGUAUUUUAAAAAUUGUGUUGUAACCCGCCACAAACUGCAAGGAGAGGCAAAUAAGAAAUAAAAUUAUUGUUGUUGUUUUGUUGUUGUUGUUUUUCUUAUAUGUAGGCAUUGGGUUAUUUUAGGUAGCCCUUCAGUAUCUUCCCAGGUGGGACCCUAAGCUGAGCUGAGCCCUGAAACUGAGCUGGAAGACAAACAGCAAAGAAUCACUUUAGUCAAUUGAACUACCAAGCCCAGUACUAGUUUCAUUCCAACAUAUUCACAGCACUGCUUGUGAAAUAAAGUGCUAAACCCUCACAUUGUACAUCUUCUUGGGCUGUUGAAUGCGCUUGUGUUCUUUGGCUCGUUUCCUCAUUGGUUUCUUUAUAGGACUGCAAUGGUCACCUCUGAGGCCUGUUUCUGUGACCAGCUUUCCACCCCUUGCUCUCUCUCCAGGGUCUGGAAUGAUGCUGUUGCCGAAUCCUCAGCCGUUUCUCCCCCUUUGCGAUGGAGUGGGACUGAGUCAGGUAAGCAGGAGGAUUCCUGGGAGAGGAGGACGGGGCCUGCCGGGGUGCCUUUGGUUCCAGGCUUAAUCAGCAAAUAUCUGUUUAAACAGACAAGAUUUAAGGCGUUUCCUUAGAAGUGAAAUACUAAAGGCACAAUUACAAGGAGGGGAAAAAAUGAAGAGAAAACUAAAGAAACCAGAAUGGAUGUUCAAAGAACUUUCAACGGAGCUAAGAUUUAAAAGGGACAUGUACAUGAAAUGGAAAGGGGAGGAUCACCAAAGAAUGUAAACGACUAAACAGCAUAAGCAUAAGUAGCAGAUCAUGAAGAAGGCCAUCUGGAAUCACUUAGAAAAAAUGCUGUAAUCACUGAAGGGCAAGAUGGGUUUCUCCAAAACAAGUCAUGCCAGACUAAUCUGUUUUUCAGUAGAGUUCCAAGCUUUGUAGAUGAAGGAAAUGCAGUGGGUGUAGCACAUCUUGCUUUCAGUAAGACCUUUGGAAAGGCCUCUCCUGGUUUUAUAAACAACUAGUAAAAAGUGGGCUGGAUAAUACUCCUGUUCAGUGGAUUUGUAAUGGUUUGAGUGACAACGGGUGGAGUGGGCCCAGUACUGCUCAACAUGCGUAUCUUAUUUUCAGAUGACAAAAAAUUAGCAAGCAUAGCUGACAGUCUAGAAGAUAGGAUCAGAAUUCAAAAUGGCCUGAACAUGUUAGAGAGCUGGGCCAAAACUAACCCAAUUAAUGUCAACAAGAAUAUAUGUAGAGUAGUACACUUAGGCAGGAGAAAAAUGCCAUGCACAGGUACAGGAGGGGCAACACCUGACUUGACAAUCAUUCAUAUGAUGGGAUCUUGGAGUGUUAGAGGACUGCAAGUGGAACAUGAGCCAACAAUGUGAUGCAGCAGCUGAAAAGACAAUGGGAUUUUGGGCUGCAUCCCAAGGAAUAUUGUGUCUAGAUUCAGGGAAGUCAUGGCGACCUUCUUUCUGCUUUGGGGAGACCUCACCUGAAAUUACACUGUGUCCAGUUGUGGGCAUCACAAUAAAAGGGGGAACAUACCCUGAUUCCAUUUCUGAUUCUAUAUAUCAAUUAAGAAAUGGUUCUUACCUGCGACCAACCCGUCGUCUCUACAAAGCUUACCUUUGUGGCAUGGAGGCCUUCGCCCUUUCCCUUUCAAGCAACCAGCAGGAAUGUAAGUUUACUUUAAAUUAUUUCUUGUCAUCAUUUUUCUUGAUAUCUCUCACGUGAGGAGGGAAUCUUUUCUUCUUCCGCCAGGGCCCAGUCGCCUUUGAGGACGUGGCUGUGGAUUUCUCCCUGGAGGAGUGGGUUCUCCUGAAUCCGGACCAGAAAGCCUUGCACAAGCAGGUCAUGGAGGAGAUGAAUGGGAUUGUGGCCUCUCUUGUAGAUAACGGGGAGAAGAGCCAUGUAUGCACCAAGUACAGGAAGCAUUUGGGACACAACUGGGCCUUUCGUCGAGACCAGCAAGCCCACAGAGAAGAUGGAAGUUCUGCCAGAGAAAGGCCCGACAAAUGCAAUGUAUGUGGGCAGUGUUUUACCCAAAAUAUGGCACUUGUGCUUCACAAGACACUCGAUGUUGGGAAAAGCCAUCUUAAAGGGAAAGUAUCUGCAAAAUGUGUGGUGAAACACAAGAAAUUUCACAUGGGUCAGGAACCAUACAGAUGCCAAGAGUGUGGGAAGUGUUUUGCUUUCAGUUCAGCCUUGGUGAGGCUCAAAAGACACCACACAGGAGAGAAGCCAUACCAGUGCCAGGAGUGUGGGAAAUGUUUUGCUUUCAGUUCAAACUUGAUGAGGCACAAAAGACUCCACACAGGAGAGAAGCCAUACCAGUGCCAGGAGUGUGGGAAAUGUUUUGCUUUCAGUUCAAACUUGGUGAGCCACAAAAGACUCCACACAGGAGAGAAGCCAUACAAAUGCCAGGAGUGUGGGAAAUGUUUUGCUGACAGCUCAACCUUGGUGAAACAGAAAAGAGUCCACACGAGGGAGAAGCCAUACAAAUGUGAGGAGUGUGGGAAAUGUUUUACUACCAGUUCAGCCUUGGUGAGGCACAAAAGACUCCACACAGGAGAGAAGCCAUACCAAUGCCAGGAGUGUGGGAAAUGUUUUACUGCCAGUUCAGACUUGGUGAAACACAAAAGACUCCACACAGGAGAGAAGCCAUACCAAUGCCAGGAGUGUGGGAAAUGUUUUGCUUCCAGUUCAGCCUUGGUGAAACACAAAAGACUCCAAACAGGAGAGAAGCCAUACCAAUGCCAGGAGUGUUGGAAAUGUUUUGCUUCCAGUUCAGCCUUGGUGAAACACAAAAGACUCCAAACAGGAGAGAAGCCAUACCAAUGCCAGGAGUGUGGGAAAUGUUUUGCUUCCAGUUCAGCCUUGGUGAAACACAAAAGACUCCAAACAGGAGAGAAGCCAUACAAAUGCCAUGAAUGUGGAAAAUGUUUUACUCAGAGUUCAUCUCUUAACCAGCACCAGAGAAUACAUACAGGCUAAAAAACAGCCAUUGUGGGAAAAUGUCUGAUUUCAAACAGGACCCUUUGAGAAGUUCUGCGUCAGAUUUGGUGGAGUCCCGUUCUUGUCAUUUGAACCUGUAAGUUGGAGGUCCUGUUCUCUGGAGCAGCAGAAAGCAAGCUCUGUGUGACAAUCCUUCAGAGCAGUGGUUCUCAACCUGUGGGUCCCCAGAUGUUUUGGCCUUCAACUUCCAUAAAUCCUAACAGCUGGUAAACUGGCUCUGAUUUCUGGGAGUUGUAGGCCAAAACACCCGGGCACCCACAGGUUGAGGACCACUGCUUCAGAGAGUUAAAUAUGAUUGUCUUGUCCCCUCGCCUGAAAAGAAAUAAACCAUAUGUGAUUCCA